CGGGCCAAUGAACUAUGCAACGAGGUAUCGGAAAAUCAUGCUGAAUCUAUCAAAAGGAGUUUCUCUUCGCUAACUGUUAAAUCACACGUACCACAGGGACAUUUAAAUGGCAAAACUUCUCUCAACACACAGCUGAAUCUAGGAACAGCUUCAAAGACAGAACUAGAUGUAAAUCGGAUAACCCUUUCGAAAGCUGUCAAAUAUUUAGCUAAACAGAACAAUGGAACUAGAAAUGAAGAAGCAGACUCUAGUAAAUGGAAUGAUAACAACAUGACGGAUACUACUGGUAGAGGAGUUGGAAAUGUACAUGGACCAGCCUUCGCACAAAGUACCAAACGAGAUGUUGAUCAAGCGCCCCGUUUUGUAGCUGACAUGGACGGAUAUAUUCUAGACAUUAAAACCAACAAUAGGGAUAUAGGCACUUCAAAUAAUACCGAAUCGAGUCAGGAAAGAAACGACGAUGAAGAACCAAAGCGAAAGAGGAUGAAACUUGAAUCAGACUUCGAACUGCUCCAAAAGGAACAAAAGAAAACCAUUAUGGAAGCAAGGAAGUUUUUUGAAGUACAACUUUCAGAAGAAGUGGAAAGGGCCGGAAGUGACAUCAUUGUACAGGAACUAGGUAUUGAUCAGCAGAAACAAGGGACUGUAGUUUCGUAUAUCAAGAAGUGCAUGAACAUCUGCUGGUCAAUGUGCAGACAUGAACCACCCGUGUAUGUUGAAUUUAUAGAUGUGGGUGACGACAUUCCUUUCGAUACAAACAAAUACAAACCAUACACAAAAUCGGGGAAACUCCUGGAUUAUAUUGUGUGGCCAGCAGUUUAUCUUCACAAGGAUGGACCCAUGCUAGCAAAAGGAGUAGCUCAAGGAAAAGUAUAAGAAGAACAAAAACACUGGCACAAUAAAUGAUAUUUCGCUAUUAUAAUUAAACGCAUUUAUCAUUCAUCUUAAUGUGAUGUUGUAAUCUUACAGUUUCAAUAAAUUUACUUAGAUACAUAUAACAUUCUUUAAUCAAUGGCAGCAGUGAUACUAGACUGACUGUGUGUUAUUUAAAUGGGAAAGACUUGAGUCGUCUACGUUCCUUUUCUGUAAAUAAAUGUGUAUUUUUUACAAGAAUUUGCUUGAUGUUAUAGACUUGCUUGAAAUUAACAUGUCCAUUAAUAAAUAGUCGUGCUCUCUUGUACAUGCAGCUGUAGUAUUUCUGUACGUAUGGAUUUUCUGAAUUGGAGCAAAGGAAAAAGCUACAUAAUGCAUUCAAAUAAAAUCACAUAGUCGUGUUAUAAGAAUGAAUAUGAAAUUGUUUCAUACACUUUAAGGGCGGCCGACCAACGUGACUUUUUGAUAUCGUAUACACGGAGUACAUCGCUCGGUUCAUGAAACAUCUCUGUUUGUAAUUUCCGUGUUUCUUGAUAAUUUUAUACACAAAAUGUGUCGAAGACAGAAAUAACAAGUGAUUUCCUCGGCACUAAACGUGUGUCGGUGUUUAACAAUACUGUCUUCAAACUCUUUGC